UUCUACUCCUCAUUCCUCUCUCUCUUUCCUGAGGUCUGGCUGCUUUUACGUUUAUCGGGGGGGACGCUGGAAGAAGAGACUUUCCUGUUUUGAGCUCCUGUUCAUUCCUGCUCUGUGACUCUUCAUGGCUGAUAAGAAACUGGUAGUGGUUUUUGGAGCAACAGGUGCCCAAGGUGGUUCAGUUGCUAAGACUCUUCUGGAAGAUGGGACAUUCAGAGUUCGUGUGGUGACUCGAAAUCCCCGGCAGAAAGCCGCAGAACAUCUGAGAAAUCAAGGCGCAGAUGUGGUGCAAGGAGAUCAAGAUGAUGAAGAGAGCCUGGAGCCAGCCCUGGCAGGGGCCUAUGCAGCUUUCAUUGUGACCAACUACUGGGAGAAUCUCAACCAGGAGCAGGAGAUUAAGCAGGGUAAACUCCUGGCCGAUCUGUCCAAACGCCUGGGCUUGAGUUACGUGGUCUACAGUGGACUGGAGAAUGUGAAGAAGCUGACGGGCGGCCAGCUGAUAGUCAGGCACUUUGAUGGCAAAGGGGAGGUUGAGGAAUACUUCCGGGCUUUGGGUGUGCCAAUGAUCAGUGUCCGGCUGCCCUGCUACUUUGAAAACCUUCUCACCUACUUCCUACCCCAGAAAGCCCCUGAUGGAAAUAGUUACUUGCUGAGUUUGCCCAUGGGUGAGGUCCCGAUGGAUGGAAUGUCGGUGGCCGACCUGGGUCCUGUGGUGCUCAGCCUGCUGAAGUCCCCAGAAGAAUACGUGGGUCGAAACAUUGGGCUUAGCACAUGCAAGCACACAGCCACAGAGUAUGCCUCCCUUCUUUCUAAAUACACCGGGAAGACCGUGCAUGAUGCCAAGACCUCCCCUGAGGAUUACGAGAACCUUGGCUUCCCUGGGGCACAGGACCUGGCCAACAUGUUCCGCUUCUACGCUAUGAAUCCAGACCGAGACGUGGAGCUGACCUUGAAACUCAACCCCAAGGCCAGAACUCUGGAACAGUGGUUAGACCAGCAGAAAGAGGCUUUUGCAGACCUGUGACAACUUCUAUUGCUACCUUCCUACCACUGCCACCGUAACCCAGUAUCUUAGCAGUUAGCUCCUACUAGCUUGUUUUAUUUUGUUAAUUUUUUUAAGGCUAUUGUACUUACCCAUGGUUAAAAUAAAAUGUUUUUCUAUUCUGGAGCUCCAACCAAA